CCGGGAGGGGCUGGGCCGAGAGUCCGGCAGCUGCUGGCUGGGGCUUUAGUGACUUCCUUGUUGUGAACCCCGGCCCGGCAGUGUCCGGACUCGUAGCCCCGCUGCCCUUAGCGGGACCGCUAGCCCGAGUCUAGGUCGCAGCCGCAACUCCAGCCCGUCGAUUCCCUUUUCAGCACAGGUCUUUCCCCUCCGCACGCCUCGCGCUCCCUAACAUGCCCAACCCCAGCAGCACCUCCUCUCCCUACCCCCUCCCUGAGGAAAUUAGGAACCUGUUGGCAGAUGUUGAAACAUUUGUAGCAGACACACUGAGAGGGGAAAAUUUAUCCAAGAAAGCAAAGGAAAAGAGAGAAUCCCUUAUUAAGAAGAUAAAAGAUGUGAAGUCUAUCUAUCUUCAGGAAUUUCAAGACAAAGGUGAUGCAGAAGAUGGGGAAGAAUAUGAUGACCCUUUUGCUGGACCCUCAGACACUAUUUCGUUAGCCUCAGAAAGAUAUGAUAAAGAUGACGAAGCCCAUUCUGAAGGAAACCAGUUUCCUCCAAUUGCAGCACAGGACCUUCCUUUUGUUUUAAAGGCUGGCUACCUUGAGAAACGCAGAAAAGAUCACAGCUUUCUGGGAUUCGAAUGGCAGAAACGGUGGUGUGCCCUCAGCAAAACAGUAUUCUAUUAUUAUGGAAGUGAUAAAGACAAGCAACAGAAAGGUGAAUUCGCAAUAGACGGCUACAAUGUCAGAAUGAAUAACACUCUCAGGAAGGAUGCAAAGAAGGAUUGCUGUUUUGAAAUCUCUGCUCCUGAUAAACGGAUCUAUCAGUUCACAGCAGCGUCUCCCAAAGAUGCUGAGCAGUGGGUACAGCAGCUGAAAUUUGUAUUACGCGACAUGGGAUCGGAUGUUAUUCCUGAAGACAACGACGAAAGAGGGGAACUGUAUGAUGACGUGGACCAUCCUCUGCCAACCAGCAGCCAGCCACCUGAUGAUGAAAUUUAUGAAGAACUUCCAGAAGAGGAAGAGGACAGUGCUCCCGCAAACGUGGAGGACCAAAGGAAGACGAGUCAGGACAGUGCUCUCCCCGCCACAGGAGAUAAAAGCACCGAUUAUGCUAAUUUUUACCAGGGUUUGUGGGACUGCACAGGCGCUCUUUCUGACGAGUUGUCAUUUAAACGUGGUGAUGUGAUUUACAUUCUUAGCAAGGAAUACAAUAGAUAUGGCUGGUGGGUAGGAGAAAUGAAGGGAGCCAUUGGCUUGGUGCCGAAAGCCUACAUAAUGGAGAUGUAUGAUAUUUGAGAGUCCUGGCAGGAAAAAUCAACAUUUCAACUGAAGAAAAAAAUUAAGCUGCAACUUUCCCUUUCUGCCUGCAGAAAAGGAAGAUUCUUCUGCUAGUCAGUAAAUGCUUUGGAUUUAGAAUCAUCUUGAAAGCCUGCGUGGCAGCUCAUAACCUUUUUGUGUUUUCUUGAACGUUUGUCUUUAACUGUUAUUUUAUGCAUUCAUUAUAAUAUUCCUCUGAUGUGAAAUUAAAUAAAGAAUAUUAAUGUAAAUUAGAUGCAGGCAGGAAACUUGUACCUGUUGCUAUUCUGCUAAGAAAUAAAUGUAGUUUUUAUUUACUCAUUUGAUUUUUGUGAAGAAUUCAGCAUAAUUUUCUAUGUACUGCACACUCCCUGCUACUUUCAUUAUGAGUUGUAAUUUCUCUUUGUGUUGGAUGUCAAUUAUAUUUUAGAGUAUAAUACGUAAUUUCAUAGAAAUUUGAAUUGAGUAUAUCAUGCCAACUUCUGGUAGAUGCUAUCUAAAGAAUGUGGCUUUGAUAACCAUCUUAGUACUUAUCUUUCACACAGUAGUAACAUAUUUUCAUGAAAGAAUCUUACUGAUUGGUAAGUUUCCUUCGUGUUAAAUAUAGCCACAAGAAAGAAAAGAUGACAGGCUUCCCGAUGGCAGUGCACGGACACCUGUGACACAUGCAGACCAGAACCACGGUCCAUGCCGAGCCCUUUCUCAGUAACAAACAUCCUGAUUAGAUGAUGGACUUGCCAACGUUUUCCACCACCGUUCUGUAUUUACAUGGAAUAAAAUAAAAAAUUCAUAAGAAAGCCCAUUCUGUGUAAUACAAUGGCCUAAAGAGUCUCCGUAUGCAGUUUCAAAGUAAGGAGACCUAACGGAGCACUGCCUUAUCCUGCCCGAUCACUGCUGUGCUGUUAAAGUCCCAGCACAGAACAGUAGAACCCCAGAUCUGAGUCUCCUUUACACUUCUCAGAGCAGUGAAUAGAAAAGGAAGGGCUCAGAGAGGAGAGCAUAGAAAUCGUGGUGGGAACACGUACCAACAGGCGAGUGGAAAGGUAGGGUUAGCCGACACUGGAGGUCUGUGUUGUGCGGCCAAAGCAAGAUUUGUGGAACGAUUACAUCACCUUUCCGUGUAUAUUUGAAAUCAAGGGUAUUAUUUUCAAUGCCACCAAGGUAGCAGUGUGGCCUUGAUACAUAUCAAAAUGCCCUGCUGAUUGGAUAAUUAUUUGAUGUGGAUAGACUCAUGUAAUUUUGAAUCAUUGAUUGGGGGCUACCACCUUUGUUGAACUUUUCAGAUGUUUGUUUUAUAAAGGUAAAAAUGCUAACCAUGAAUGAGUUGAAACCCCCCUUUAUUUAUAUAAAACUAUUUAUAAGCAGUAUUUCAGAGCUUACAUUUAACGUUAUCUUCUCAAUACUGUGAUCAUUAGAUUUCAAAUGGGAUGAAGUAUAUCUUUUAGUUUUAGGGAUUGCGGGUCAAGUCCAGUUUACAUAAAUUAGACAUUGUCAAGUUAAAGCUUUCGGAAAUGAAUUUGUGCACUCGUCAAUCUGUUCCUAAUAGAGACCCGUUGGAGCAGGUUGAAAUCAUCUCAGCAUAGAUGAGACAACUGGAGACAAAUUUAGUGGUCUGCUUUUCAAAGCCUGAGAGACGAAAAACAAAAGCAGUCGUGGGUCUCCCCUGAAAAUGUAAUUUUGGUAAUGGAUACAGGUUUCAUGCUUCUGGUUGAAAGGAAGAUUUUCCUGCUCGGCCAGUAGGUGGCAGCAGCUUUUCAUCACAUACCAAAGCACUGGGCAGCCCCUCCCCCACUCGGGCACAAACUGGAGCUGCGUGUAAAGCAUGUAAAAGAGUUUUGCCUCCUUUUACAGUUAAUCCAGGAGAGGGAGUCCUUUGCCAACUGAUGACCAACAAUUCCAAGCUGGAUAGUCUCUGUGAAUGGUGACAAUACAGAAAUAAAGUGUUAACUUCUGUCCAGAGCUGCUCUGGCCUUUGUUCUUGUUUAACUUGAAUAUAGGUGGGAGACAGGAAGGGAAACGAAAGAUUUCAAAUUAGAGUGAUAAGAAAAAUAAUCAUUACUUUCAAUGCAUGACUCCUUUGUAUUCAUUUGGCAAAAUCAUUUGUAUACUACCAGGGAGAAAGUUUUCUUUACACCCUUGACAAUAUAUCACACUCUCUUCAAGAUCAUAAUAAUAUCAUUAAUGUGAAUUUAAACAACAUGGCUUGUUAGAAAAUAUGCUAAUUGCUAUGUUCUCAUUAUGUUUGCUUAGCUUUUAUUUGUUUUUCUAUGAACAGUUAGAGAGCUAAUUUUUUUCAAAGGUGAUUGUAAGUCAUAUUUUAUAUAGCAUUUUGCUUGAUUAUUUGCUCUGUACUGAAUUUGUACUCUAUUGCCAUUAGAUCUUACAAUAAUGUUCCACUCUGCAAAUUUUUAAGGUUCAAAUAAAGUUUAAUUGUUUGCAAACUGUUAUGAUGCUAAUAAUUCAACAGCCUGCUGUGUUACUAAUGAAAUUACUUUGUUAUGAUUAAUUUGGAAAAUAGUGUGUUGAUUGUAGUAAUUAAGCACAACAAGGUGAAGUAAAUGAUUCUAAUGCCAUCUGGCCUCCAAACUGAAUGAAGAAAUGAAAUAGAGCUGUCAUCUGAAUUUAUUCAAAGAAGUAAGGAUAAUACAAAUGACUUUCAUUGCUAUAGGAUUUACACUUAACCACAGCUCACUCCAUUCUGUUUUUGCCACUUUGUUGCAUGUGACCCUUUCUCUUAUGAAAAACGUUGCUUAGCCUCGUAAUUGUUCUGAAUACUUUAUAUUAUUUUCAGUUGACUAUUUUUACCUUGUGUUCAUUUAAUUACAGAUAAUUACAUAAAGUAUCGUAGGACCAUAGAAAAUUACUUUUCAGCCAUCUGUAAGUGAAAUCUAUGCAUGUGGGAGGUGGAUUGCUAUCAGUGUGGAGAUAGGAUGAAGAGUGGAGAUUUCAUUCAGUUGUUUCUAAAAUGUUUCCAGUUAAGAUUCCCCCAUAGUUCGAAUGAUUUCUAAUUUCCUGUAAUUUCUCCUGCCUAAACUAUUGCUGUUCACGUCAUAGAGGCUGGUACCUUCCAGGGUCAUGAUUAAAUGCAGAACCCAGAACUGAGUUCUAUAGUAGAGAUCCAGAAUUGCAGUUCAGCCACCAUAGGGAAACUGACCUUAGCAUACGUGGUGGUCUAAAAGUUUGAACUUCACCAGUGAGACCGAGCAAAGUGUUGUAAAAAUUUCUAACUCAAGAAAGAGUGCCUCUAAAUUUUGGAUAAAUCGGUUGUUUGUAUUUCAGUUGAAUAGAAUUAUAGACACAAUCUGUAUAGAAAUCACUUUUACGUCUCUUGAGUUCGAGAGAGGCGAGACUAUUGAAAAGCAGUCUACAGGGUAAAGAAGGAGGUGUUAGAGAUUAAAACAUGGUCAAGCCAUAGAAAACUUGACUCAGAGGUCGAAGGGAUAUAAUUAAUAUCCAUUACAUAAAAACAUUUGUUAAAAUGGCUUAGUUUGUGACUCAAAUCCCGAGUAUUCCAAAAUACAGAGAAACAAAUAAAUAGUGUAUUAUUAAAGUAUCUUUCUACCAACUUAACCUACACUCAAAUGCGUAAUUUAAACAGUUUAUGCUCUGAUGUGGGAACAAGGAAUGUCUAGACAUCCGCAGCUUCAGCCUACAUAUACCGGUCACCACCUUCUAGCUGAGUUCUAGAAUAGCCGUUAGAACCCCUGAUUGUAUAACAUUUUGCAGGGAUGAGGUAACUACUCAGAAAAUUAUAUGGUCACAGUAACAUGGAAUGGCAUUUCAUUAACGCCAGGUUUGAAGAGCUUUUUCUUUUUUUCCCUAGUAGAAUCUGCUCUAUCAUUAGUUGGACACAAACCCAGGAUUUAUUGCCAGCAUGGUACUUCAGAGUAUAUGGUGUGUGUCCAGUAAAUAUUUGUUAAUUAACUGAUUUGGCAACCUACCGUUCUCUCAAGACUUGAGAGUUAAGAAGAAAAGAGCCUGACUUCUCCACCUAGUAGAGAAAAUGCCUCCAUGAGUUAAUACCUCAGCUUUCUGACCGACAACAUUCUCCCCAUCAAAAGAUCAGUCCCUUUUACUGAGUCUUUAAAAGUAGUUUCACUGUCCCCAUAACACCAUCAACAAGUGGACUGGAUUUGAUCGGUGGCAACAGAAUUGAGGGAGAUGGUAAAAAACAAAGUUGAGUGUGGCCGCUCGUCUUCAGAGGUUUCCUGCCUGCCUUUGCUGUUCGUCGUAACUCUUUUCAAGAAGGCACAGCCGACCCAGACAGCGUGGGGCAAGUGAUCUAGUUUCACUUUCCAUUACAUUCCGAAUGGCAGCUGGCUUGGAUUCCACCUGGCCGACGUCAGAGAGGCCUUCUGACCUUGGAAGCUGUGGCCUUGAAUGGAUCAAAAAGGAAUUUCGGAAAGCGGGAAGUUGCACUGUGGUUGCCCAAUCCAACCACAACUUAUUUUCCUGGUCUUCUUUUUUUUUUUUUUUUUUAACCUUUACUCCCUAUUUCUUGUAUUAUUAUGUCAACUGGAAUGCUUUGACUCCCCGAGAUGAAAGGAACCAUAAAUGUGGAAAGUAGCCUUAGUCAUACCAGUGCCCAGGUUAGGUCUGUGAUGGUGGGAAGGAGGCGGGAAGCUCAGCAAGUCAACUUGUGAAUAUUGGCAAAGGUGAAAAUAGAAAUCGUCUCAAAUGCCCACUUCUUUUAUAUUUAUUUAUUUAUUUAUUUAUUUAUUUAUUUAUUUGUUUGUUUGUUUGUUUAUUUAUUUAAAGAGAGAGAGACAAUCCCAAGCAGGCUCCACACUGUCAGCACAGGGCCCAACGUGGGACUUGAACCCGUGAGAUCGUGACCUGAGCCGAAACCGAGAGUUGGACACUUAACCAACUGAGCCACCCAGGGGCCCCUCAAAUGCCCAUUCCUUAGGCGCUUUUCUUGACACCGAAACUUUGGAAAGUGUUUUCCUAGGUUACUCUCUUCUCCCUUUUCACUUUUUUCAAUGUCCAUUACUCAGAGAGGUAACAGAGAACAGCACUCGUCUACUUUCUGUUUAUUGGCCUCAACUUCGUAAUAUAAAGAUAUCACUCCUGCUAGCGCGAAAGCAGGUGCCAUUUGGUAGCUUAAGCGGCAGUUUGCACCAAGUGUCCUUUUCUCCGAGGAGAAAAUUCCUGACAGCAACGUACCCCAAUUAAAAUUGACAGCUUUAGGGGCGCCUGGGUGGCUCAGUCGGUUAAGCAUCCGACUUCGGCUCAGGUCGUGAUCUCACAGUUGGCGGGUCUGAGCCCCGCAUCAUCGGGCUCCGGGCUGACAGCCCAGAGCCUGGAGCCUGCUUCCGAUUCUGUGUCUCCCUCUGUCUCUGCCUCUCCCUCGCUCACGCUCUGUCUUUCUCUCUCAAAAAUAAGCAGACAUUUAAAAAAAUUUAAAAAUGACUACAUAAAAGGAGGAGAAAGUUCCAACAAACGAGCAGAUUGCCAUAUGCUGCCCCCUCUUCCCAGCCCUCUCUGGAGCCCAUUUAGCAAACCUCGUGCUCUUUAACUAUCAUGUCGAAGUAAUAACAAUUUGACGAGCAAUAACAAUAGCCAGCAGUAACUGUUUACUAUUUGUCUUGCUCUGUACUUUGCAUUGAACCCUUCUAGCAACGCUAUGAGGUAAGAUCUGUUGUUUAUUCCCAUUUUCCUGAUUAGGAAACUGAGCAUAAGUAAUUUGUCCCAACGUCCAGAGUAGGAAGUUCCCGGCCUCCCUCCCUUAAAUGCAGCAACAUUCUGCUUCCCAGUACUGUGACAAAUUCAAACCAAAUGCAUAAUUCUAGCAUAUAGUAGGCACUCAAUAAAAGCAUAUUGACUACUGGCGAUGGCACCAUUCUUAUGAAGUAGUCUGGAGCAUGUGAAAAGUUCAAGAAUUGAUCAUCAGACAGCAGAAUUUGCCUCAUUUAGUAGUCGAAGCAGCCCAUGGUGACUGUAUCAAAUCUGAAGCAGCUAAUCCACAAUGAAGGAGAAACUUUAACACAGGAAUAUUUCUAUCCUUGAACUUCCAGUCUGGCUGAAAAUAGUCAAGGCAGCAGAGAGCUGAGAGAGGACACCAGGCCAAAGGGACGUGCCUCUAACGACUUUUUCUCAUCCUCUCUGCCUCUCCAAAAGAAAUGCCCAAGGCAACUGACCAGCCAGGAAAGCCUUAGAAAAGUCUUUAAAGUGGCUGCUUCUGUCUCAAACAACUCUCCCAAGGAGCUCCGUCCUAUGAGGCAUGAUGUGUGGAAUUCUUUACCACUCUACGGAGUGAUUAAUAUCAGCCGUGUUCUCUGCUUUCCAUGAACCUGCAAAAACAAGAGGAAAAUGGAGACAGAAAGACUGGAUAAGCUGUUCAAGAUCCCCUGGUUUAGAAGUAUGAGUGUUGCCUCAAACCCAAGUCUUCCGGCCCCACACUCCUUGGUCUUACCUCUCUACCACGCGCCUACUCAGAACGACAACUCAAAACAGAGGAAAUAAGCAAUGUGUCAGUCCUGUUUCACAGAAGCCACCAAAUAACAGCAGGCUUUUACAACUCCAGAAAGGCUGGGAAUCAGACUCCUGCUGCACAUGUGUCCUUCUGUUCGCUAUUUCUAUUUCCAAGUCUUGCGCUUCUUCCAAAGUGUGUAAAGUCACUGGAAGUGCGUUGAAGAGAUGCAAACCAGGAAGUGUUCACGUGAUAAAACGGGCUCAGAGACAACUCUCUGGCAAGGGGAAACCAAGAGCGAGAAAACUGAUCACCAGAGGAAGGUUUUCGUGUGGACACAAGUUUUCAGCUUAUUUGGGGAGAGACCAAGGAGGACAACUCCUGGAUCAUAUGGUAAGAGUAUGUUUAAUUUUUUAAGGAAGUAUCAGACUUCCUUAAAGGAAGUACCACUUCCACAUCCAAAGUGGCUAUACCAUUUGCUAUGAAUGAGAGUUUCUAUUGCACCGUAUCCUUAUCAACAUUUGAUGUUGUCAAUACUCUGGAUUUUAGCCAUUUUAAUAGGUGUGCAAUUAUAUCUCACUGUUGUUUUAACUUAGAAUUCCCUCAAGAUACAUGAUAUUGAACGUAUUUUCAUAUACUUACUUGCCAUUUUUUAUCUUCUUUGGUGAGGUGUCUGUUCCUAUUUUUUUGCCCACUUCUUAAUUGAGUUACUUGUUUUCUUAUUGUUGAGCUUUAAGGGUCCUUUCCAUAUUCUGGAUACAAGUCUUUAUAAGAUAUGUGUUUUGCAAAAAUUUUCUCCUGGUUUGUGCCUUUUUUUUCCCACUUUCUUUAUAGUGCCUUUAACAGAGCAGAAGUUUUUAACUUUAAUUAAAUUUAACUGAUCAAGCUUUUCUUUCGUGGAUCAUGUUUUUAGUACUGUAUCUAAAAACUCAUUGCCAAACCCAAGGUCACCUAGAUUUUUUUUCCCCUACGUUAUCUUCUAGAAGUGUCAUAGUUUUGUAUUUUACUUUUAAGUCUCUACUCCAUUUAGAAUUACUUUUUGUGAAGAAUGGAAGGUCAGUGCUUAAAUUCAUUUUUAAAAAAAAUAAAAUGUGUUGUUCAGGUCGGACUAUUUUAUUGAGUACUGGAUCCCAUACUUUCCGCUGACAAAACACAGCAGAAUGAGGAAAUAUUUAUUUCUUCAUGAGGGACCCUUCCCUUCCUAGCCAAGUAGAAGCCUGGGGUCUUAAAAUGGUAAACUAGUCUGUGUGGCCCAAAUUUUUGUAUUUCACUUGACAUUAAGAUAGUGACCGGCUAUCUUAACUGGAAAUUAAGAAAGGGACCAGCAACACACCUCAGCCUCAAUUUCUCUACCUAGUGACCACAGAGUCACCAUUCUCAUACCUCAGUGCUUAAUGCUAGGGACCCAGGAAGCCAAUGUGCUAAGAUACCCUAAUCCACUUGCUGUGGACCAGACAUAGUGCAACUUGAUCAGAGAAACACCUUCCAGAUUCCAGGAGGCAAAUCUUCAUGUUUUGAUUUGUUAUGGAUAGGUUUUUUGUGUUUUUUUUUUUAACUUUUUUUUUAAUGUUUAUUUACUUUUGACAGAGAGGGAGACAGAGCAUGAACAGGGGAGGGGCAGAGAGAGAGGGAGACAGAAUCCGAGGCAGGCUCCAGGCUCUGAGCUGUCAGCACAGAGCCCGUCGCGGGGCUCGAACUCACAAACCAUGAGAUCAUGACCUGAGCCGAAGUCGGUUGCUCAACCGACUGAGCCACCCAGGUGCCCCUGGAUAGGUUUUUAAAGUAAGCUAUUUGAAGCACCCCUGUCCAGAGUGUAACAGCAAAUCUAACAAAUAAGUUCCCAGAAUUGGUCUUGUCUACACCUGUACUUUUCUGCCUGGCAGGUACUCAGCUUGCCAGGUAACAGGGUGACCCGGAACAGCUCUCUCGUUUCCAUCAGUACUGCCUCUCCCUGGGGCCGGCUUCUCUUUCCUGGCACUUGGUUCCAGGAUGGCCUGCUCGCUUUGCUUCAGUGCUCUCUGAAGAGCUAGUGUUGAAAAUAGCCAGUGUUGCUGUACUUCAUGUACACCCACGGGCUCAUUUGCUGAAGUUUUCAAACUUGCAGGCCAUUUGACACAUGCACCAGGAAGCCUGAUGACCCACCUCUGGGUUGCCCGUAUCGACAUAGACUCACCCUCUCACCGGGGCAUUCUCUCCUGAAAUUCCCUGUUCCUGGGACUAAAGCACCUUUUUGAAACAUCAAAGUCAAAACUCCUUAUCCCCAUGAUCUGACCUGAAAACCAAUGCCCAUCCAAGCAUCUCGCUCUGUAAAACAGGACUAAUAAAUGCCCACAAGGCUGAUGCUUUGGGUAAUAUGACGGGAAAGUGUUUGGAGUUCUUCAGAGGAAAAAGGAUAUUUAGGGGCUAAAUUGCAUUACAGUCAACGGAAUAAGAGCAGAGUUUUUAAAUUGCAAGAUCUGGUGACAGUUUCUCGAGUGAAACUAGUUGUUAGAGCACAUGAAUUUCAAUUUCCAGGUCAAACAUGCCCAAGCUGUUCUGCAGGAGUUUAUGGCAGGCUUCUGAUGUAAGUUCUGUGAUUUGAUUUUAUUGGUUUCUGGCAUUGGGUCCUGUAUUAUGAGCAUAGUAUGAGCAUAUUAUGAGCAUACCUAUAAAACGUACUUGGGAGUUAUUCUUUUCCUUUGAAGAAUAUGAUACUGAAACAAGUUUUUAAUAAAGUGUUUUGAAAAGGCAACAGGCUGAAAAAAAGCUGGGCAAAGAGUCAAGCUAGUAAUGAACUGAAUGUGUCUCUAAUUAUGUUGAAUUUACAAGUAAUAGAAUAAGGCAGGGUUGGCAAUUACUUUUGAGUGAAAUUGUGUGCCUGAAGGAAGAAAAAGCUUCCCUUAAAGUUAGGGAAAAUGAAAAAAAGUGCUGUAUCAUUACAUUUUAUUUGAAAUAUCUUUCAAUUUAGACCUCCAAAGGUGUAAUCGGUUCAAAAACAGAUUCCCAAUAAACAUUUUGUCGAAACGGAUGGUUUUCUGAAACCUAAGUUUGGUUUUGAUCUUUUUUUUUUUUUCACACGUGAAGCCUUGAGUAUGGACAUCUCCUUGCUAUGUAGUCUUAAAGCCCAUGGAUUUUCAAGGUGGUGCCCCAAAGUAAGAUUCAGAAAGUGAUUAGAAAACGCUCGAUAGAAUGCUCACACACUACGCUGGAAAACUCAAGACUUAAACGAAUUCGAGCUUUCCGAUAAAACAACUUAAGUGGAUGUAUAAAUAAUUCAUCUGAUGCCCACAGAACUGCCUCAGCAUCAUUUGUCUCUAAUAAGCCAAAUCCACAAAUGAAUAGGGCGCUGGCUGGCAUCGGGGCUCGUGUCUCUCACCAUGUGACUCCGAAUCGGACCCCAUCUUAACCAGAGAACGAUCCAUCAUUUGAGCAGGUAACAGGCUAGAGCAGGGAAGCCCUGGGGAUACGGGGUUUGCCUUCCCAGAAUCACGCCAUUCUCGCAGCGAGCUCAGGUCCUGUGUCUGCAGGUGCCAGCUGAGGUUCUGGGUGGCAGGACAACUGUGGGCCAGGACCCCUGAGGCCAACAGCUUUCUGCUUCAAGCAAUUCGUUCUCUGUUGUUUAAAUGCACACUCUGUGGUCCUGAGAGCCUUCCAUUUCAUUCCCACAAUACCGCACCAGGUUGGUAUUAUUAUCCUUGUCCCUGUUUCGUGGGUAAGGAAAGCAGGAUUUAGAAAGGUGUAGCAUCUUAUGCAAUGGCCUGCGGCUAGCCCAUGGCAGAGCCAGACUUCAAUUUAAACAGUCUGGGUUUCUAACUGCUAGACUAUGUGGGGAUACUAGUGUCCUCCUAAGAUGCCCAAGCUUAGAGACGUGUUCUGGAAGGUCGAUGGGCACAGGAGUCAAGCAGCUUCACGGGUAAACUGAAAGGCAGAGAAUUCAGUGGCUUAGUAGGAUCACAAACGUAGUAAGUCAAGGGCGAGUUGGAGAUCAUUUGGGGGGAGCCGGCUUCCCAGGUGGAACAGCUGCUUCACGCGUGUGGGGCUGGUGUGUGACAUGCACACGAGUGACCUCGCCAGAAGCAGGCAUCACAGCGGAGGUUCCCAUCUUGCUCUGUUCCCCAAGCACCUCCCUCCUGGGAUUGGGCCUCGGCUUCCUCAUCUAUCAUCUGAAGGGAGAUAGAUUUUCAAGUCUUGCGUUCCGUUUCAUCCCUCGAAUUCGAUAGCCACGGCAGCCAGGAAGGAUGCUCCAAUAUGGAGGCAAUCAUACUUCACCCUGCUGGAUACGGGGCUCUAGUGGUGUGACCCCGGUAGAAAGCUUACAGAGUGGUGGCACUGGUUUGUCUCCCGUCCCCAUUCUCUGCCGACAGGCAAACAUGACCUCCUCUCCUCCCCCCCCUCCCCCUGCCGCCCACUCCCAAUGAUAAAAGGACUUGGGGAGGCUUAAACUAAAGUAUUAUGGCUUUUCUCUAACUGCUCACUACCAUCUUGGGCGAAAUUUGUGCUUAUACGUGAAUGACUCUAUACUCUUUUAUCCUUCCCUGGAGCCAUUUCAUCCACCAGAUUAUGAGUCCUUGACUUAGGAAGUGAGAUUUUACCUUUAACGUCCUAGAAAAUCGCUGUAAGAUAUGUCACAAGGAUGAAACAAAGUCAUUUUUACCUGGGGCUUUGAUAACCCUUUUAGUCAGAUGCUUUUGCAUCAGGUAUAAUCCUGGGCGAAUUUACUCUUCCAGGAGUUAAUGCAUUUAACAACGACGCAUUAUGGCCAACGCCACUGCCUGUCAGGUGUUUAACAUCAGGAUCAUAAAGAACCUGUCUGCUCCAAGUCUGCUUUAUCUCUCAUCUCCUCCUGGCAGAUUGGCAUUUGCCUCUGUUUUCUCAAUCUGUGGAUAAAAGACCAGAGGGAUUGCUUCAGGAUUUGGACUUCUGCAUAGAACUGCAUCAGCGUCACCAGCCCUAAGACAUCCUUUAUUUCCUUACCAAAAUCCAAUGCAAUUUGUAUUCUGAUCUCAAAGAUCCCAUUCGAAGUGACCUGUAGGAUGACCCCUUAAAAUAACCGACACGCCAGACCGCAGAUCCCCAUAGAGGCAGGGUCAUUGUUUGUCUCUUGAUAUAUUCAGCGGUCUGCUUUCUAAUGUUUAUGUGUCCCCAAAUAGUUUUAUGAUAUAUCGUCAUUCUUAUCUUCGGCAUUCUGAUGCCUGUUUUCUUUACUUUAUCUGUUAAGCAGAAGUAUAUUUCGUGUUCAAAGCGAUACAUCAUAAAGGUAGAAAAAGGUGAACCCUUUGAUAUAUUACAAGUCUCUCAUAGCAUGAAAUAACUAUUGCCUAUUAUUUUACUCCUGACGUUUUUAUUUUUAAGGGAAUUUCACUUGAUUUGUGGUGCUGACACCUCUGAUAUGUUGUUUCCAGUGACCUUACAUCCAAAAUCAGUAGCGUGUGACAUUUGAUGGCCCAGAUAAAAAACAUUAAUGGUGGAAGAGAGGGUUUAUUUUCCUGGUCAUAAAUUAAGUUUAAAUAACUCUGAAUUUAUUUUAAACUCUCCAGUACUUUUUACUGUCCAAGCAAUAAAUGUAUUUAUUACUGGGGGCCUACCUGGGUUUCCAACACAGAGCCCGGCUGCUUUGAUUCCUUUCCUUCUCCCUCACAGAAAGCUCAUCUCACCUGGAAAGGCCGAUUGGCACAAACCAUUCUCUAAUUUCCACCAGCAGGGAUCAGAGAGAGGGCUGCUUAUCGGAGGGGUAAACCAAAAACGUUUUUGUUGCCGAUCAGCUUAAGAAAAGGGGGAGUUCAUAAAAUACUCGCUGAUGCGGGUAAUCCAGUUCUGAACGAAUUCUGUUCCGGAAUUAGAAGUAGAGACCCAGGCGGGAGCAGUCACGGCCCGGUCCCUCUACAGCCUCGUGUAAGGGCUUAUGUUCCGUCCUGAUGUAACUUUCACAGAAGGGGAAGCCCAUUUCCUCAUUUUGAUCUUUACAACUUUCCAUCUUUAUGUGUGUGUUUUUUGGUACGCACUCGCGAGAUGUAUCGUAAAAUUGUGUGGAGGAUUUCUCAGUAGAAAACAUUUUAUGAUUUAAAAUUUUCUAUCUGUAUGUUUGAAAAUUGCCUUGUAUAUUUUUUAUUGAGAUAUAAUUCACAUACCAUAAAAUUCGCCAUUUUAAAGCGCACAGUUCAGUGGUUUUUAGUAUAUUCACAAGGUUGUGGAACCGUCACCACUGUCUAAUCCCAAAACGUUUUCAGCACCUGAAAAAGAACCUCCUGUACCUGUUAGCAGCCACUCAGCACUCCUUCCUUUGCCUGGCCUCUGGCAACCACUAAUCUACCUUCUGAGUCUAUGGAUUUGCCUCUUCUGGACACUUCAUAGAAAUGGAAUCACAGGGGCGCCUGGGUGGCUCAGUCGGUUAAGCGUCUGACUUCGGCUCGGGUCAUUAUCUCGUGGUUUGUGAGUCAGGCUCCGUGCUGACAGCUUGGAGCCUGGAGCCUGAUUCGGAUUCUGUGUCUCCUCCUCUCUCUGUCCCUCCCGUGAUCAUGCUCUGUCUCUCUCUGUCUCUCAGUAAUAAAUAAACGUUAAAAAAAAAUUAAGAAAAAAAGAAAUGGAAUCAUACAAUAUGUGACUUUUUGAAUAUGGCUUUUUUAAAAAGUGUUUAUUUAUUUAUUUUGAGAGAGAGAGAGCGCAAGCGAGGGAGGGACAGAACCGAAGCAGGCUCCAGGCUCCGGGCUGUCAGCACAGAGCCCAAUGUGGGGCUCGAACCCAUCAGCCACGAGGUCAUGACCUGAGCCGAAGUCGGAUGCUUAACUGAGCCACCCGGGGGGUCCCUGAAUAUGGCUUUUUUUAGUUAGCAUGUUUCCAAGAUUCAUCCAUGUUGUGGCCUGUACCAGCACUCAUUCCUUUUUGUAGCUGAAUAAUAUCCCAUUAUAUGGUUAUACUACAUUUUACUUAUCUGUUCAUCAGUGGAUGGUUUUUUAUUUAAAAUUCCUGUCAAAAGUUGCCUUAUACUUAAUUCCUUGAGUAUUGGUCCUGUUUGGGAUAUUUAAAAAGUUCAACCUUCGAAAAAAAUGCUAUAAAGUAUACGCUAUUUUAAUAUCUUCGGUAAUAACAAUCACACAUCACUUGUUGAUUAUGUAUGAAUUUGAUCUGGCCACAAAAUGGGAGGAAAGUAGUCUAAGCAGCUCUUAAUUAUAUGAGUAGGGUAGUAAGACAAUAAGUCAUUUACUAAAUCAAAAUUCACAUUUAAAGAUUACAUGUGGUUCUUGAAUAUAUGGAAUGCUGUUUAAAUGGCUUUUCACAAAAAGCGGCCACCUGAUCCCUCUUGGGACCUCAGGACACUUUUCCUUGGAGUACAGCGACAUCCCAUACAUGUUUAUCCUUCACUGGACUGGAAAUUCUUUGUAGGCAGGAGCUGUAUCUGCUUCAUUUUUACCUCCAGAGCCCCAACAAAAUGCUUUGUGGGUACAAGGCACUCAGAAAGCAAAAACUUGAUGAAUUAAACUGUACGCUCUUUUGCUCUCUGUGCUCAGUGAGAAAAAAAGAAGAGACUUCCAGAAAGCAUUCUGAUCAUUGCCAGUUGGCUUCCCUUUACCAUUUAUGUAGAGAGAAGUAAACAGUUCACACUUGUGUGGCUUGAUAAACGUCCACAGAGUGAAGACACCUGUGUGACCACCACCCAGGUCAAAAACCAGCCCCUGCACCCCCCCGCCCCCGCCAGCCCUUCUCUCCAAAAGCAACCACUAUCCUCACUUGUAACACCAUAGGUGAUUUUGAACUUUACAUAAAUGGACCUUUCUCUUGUGCUCAUGACAUCUUCAAAAUAAGGAUAAAAUCAAAGUUGGCAGACUUAUAAAUAAGCAUAUGCAUGAAAUACAAUCUUUAGAUUCUAGGCAGCAAAGACUGAACUAAUCUAAAGGGCAGAACACAAUGCCCAUUUUCACUUCUGACUAUACUGAAUUUAAAAAAAAAAAAAUCUCGGGGCACCUGGGUGGCUUGGUCGGUUAAGCGUCCGACUUCGGCUCAGGUCAUGAUCUCACGGUCCAUGAGUUCGAGCCCCGCGUCGGGCUCUGUGCUGACAGCUCAGAGCCUGGAGCCUGUUUCAGAUUCUGUGUCUCCCUCUCUCUCUGCUCCUCCCCUGUUCAUGCUCUGUCUCUCUCUGUCUCAAAAAUAAAUAAAGGUUAAAAAAAAUUAAAAAAAAAAAAAUCUCUCAUGAUUUCUUACGUUUUAAUGAUCAUUCAUUAAACUGCUUAACCUGCGCAUAGAAAAGUGUGAAGUAAGCCAUGUUUGCCCAUUUCCUUUCACCUUGGAUAUUUCUACUUGCAUCCCUUCCUUCUCUCAAGGACUUUGUCUUUGUCUGGGCCACUGUCACCAAAAUACCAUAGACUGAGUGGGUGGCUUGGAAACAACAAGUAUUUGUUUCUCACAGUUCUGGAAGCUGCAAAGUCCGAGAUCAGGGGACCUGCAUAUUCAAUGUCUAGUGAGGGUCUGCUUCCUAGUUCAUAGACAGAUGGUGGGUGGUCUUCUCACUGUGCUCUCAAAGGGAAGAAGGGGUAAAGGAGGCUUUAUAAGGGGACCAACCAAUUCUAUUCACAAGAGCUCUUCGCUCACAAUCUAAUCAAUUCCUCAAAGCCCCACCUUUAAAUGCCAUAGUUUCAGCGUAUGAAUUUGGGGGAAACACAAAUAUUCAGUCUAUAGUAGACUCCUUCCUAGUUCCAUUCCUUGGAAAUCAUUGUAAAGGGUAAACUGAUCAAACAGCAGUGUUCAAUAACAACUAUAUUGGCCACCUCUUCCUAGCAGAUCUCUCAGUAUUUGAAAGGACGCACAUCCUCAGGAGGACUAGAAUUUGGGAUGGUGUUGCUGUAAGCCUGGGUGUCCUGAGAACAGGGAGCUCAGAGGAAUAAGCAUCCGAGUUCAGCAAAUCUUUUGACAAAGUCUAUCCUGUUAUCCUUGAGGACCAGAGGGAGAAAUGUGUGACUGGCAGAAUAACAGCCUGACACUGAACGGGGAAGUAAAACUAAUUCACCAGAUGACAGAAUUAUGACGCAAAAAGGUCUUGACGGUCUGGAGCGAUAGCCUCAAACUCACUGAAUUUAAUGGUGAUAAACAUAAGGUUCUGUUAUCGAGAUAAAUAACUAAUGACACACCUACAGGAUGAGAGAGGCUGACUGACAUCCAUUCGGGUGUAAAAAUAAGUCCCAAGGAUUUCAGUUGAUUAUAAAGGCAACAUGAUGUGACUGCCAACAUACUACUUUAAUCACAGGAGAUGAUGAGGCCACUGUUCCUCUUUUUUUCUGCCAUAGUCAGAAGCAUCUGGUGUAUUUUAUUUGCUUUCGAGCAUCACAUUUAAAAAGGAAGAUGGUAAAACUCGCGAGGGUUGAGGAAGGAGGAAAGGGUAAUAAAUGGCGGGGAAGCCCGGGGAAGAUACCAGGAAUGAUGGGAGGGGAUGGGCAUUCAUAGUCCCAGGGGGUCUACAGCUCUCUCACAUCUGAAGGGAGGUGAGAGGUAGCACAGAGGGGAGCUGCUAACUUAGGUGUGACCUCAGAAGGCAUCUGACCUUUUUGCAAGUUGUGAAUGGGCUGGGACCAGAUGAUCACUAAGUUCAUUCCAGGAAAAAAAAGCUAUGAGUGUUAUGCCCCGUAGAAACCAGAGAUGUAUGUGGUUCAGUCGUAGAGUAGUGUCCCACUCAAGAAUAGUUUGGCAA